AUGUUGCGAGUGUGCCUGAAACUUCGCACGACGGACACCAAGAGUAAGCGACUCGGACUCGUGCGUACCGAGACUGACUACCUGCGUGGCUUACUGGACGCCAUGGCCGACAUGGACAGGUAUGCGGAAGUGGAGGUGCUCAAAACCCUCGGCGACGUGAACUUGGAAAAGGGGCAAGUCGACAAGAACCCAGAGAAGUUUGACAGUGCCAUGGUGUUGUACAGGACUGCACUGUUUCGGUGUAAGGACGCAGAUGUGGGAGAAAGUCUUGAACAUCGUUACCACUAUGCAGAGAAAUUACGGUUAGGGAAGCGAUCAACCGCGUCAAGUAGUUACGAGCCUCUUACUAAUGACAAAAGAAUGCCUUCGCUCGCUAAAGUAGCAGAGUUGUUCUUACACCUGGAGCAAAGAUUGACUGUUGAUGGCAACAAGGAGUCUUUACUGAUUGAAUAUACCAAGUUAGUGGUAGAAGGGAUCAUAAACGAUGACAAUGUGCUUGAGACGGAAGCGAUCAAGAGUCUCGGUGACGUGUACCUGAAAAGAGGAACAGAAACUAGAGACGCGCCAUGUUUGACUAAGGCCACUGCUCUGUACAACACUGCACUCGCACGAUGUGAGGGGAUAAAGUGUCCAAAGUACGGAGCAGAGCAGCUACAGGUGCACUUGUUACAGGACUUUCCUAUGACGUCAUCCCCCACUGUCGUCAUCGGUGACUCCAAAGGUCAACGUCCUGAAAUGUCUUACGAGGAGCACCUGGCUGAGGGGGACCGCGCACUGACUGAUGGAAAGCUGGACGAGGCAGAGCAGAAGUUCGCGGCUGCUCUCAGACUGAUUCAUGAUCCUAAUAAACCCGAUCGAUGUAAAGAGGCUGACUGUCUGUGCAGGUUGGGUGAUGUCUACGUCCAGAGAGGCAAGAAGUCAAAAGAAGGUAGGAAAUUCACACAGGCAGCAGCUCUAUACAACGGAGCUUUAGCUAGAAUAGACGGAAAUAAACACAGUGUGACAGAAAGAGUGCAAAAGAUAGAGCAAUCGUUUCUCCAUUACACGGCAAAUGUGGAAACAAAACAGGGUGGUCUUUCUGAUUCAACCAUACGUCAGAAGAAGCGACUACAAGAAAUGCGCACGCGUGCUAAGUGUCAACUAGACGGUAUCAAUCAGCAACACAAUCCGUACCAAUACGACGAGGAAGACCCAGUCAUGAUAACAGUCGAGGUAGAGAGAGCCGAAGCAGUCAAGGCUUUAUUCAAGAACAUCACCAAGGAAAGACAGAUCUUUAUCAAGGAUCUUGUUGAUGAAUGUAUCUUGACACUUGGUCCUCCUCCGUGUAAGUACGCCUUCAUCGGAUUGGGCUCACAGGCAACAGAGCUGGUCACACCCUACUCUGACCUGGAGUUCGCCAUUCUGAUUGAAGACGAUAAGGACAAUGAAGACACUCGGCAAUACUUCAUCAAUCUCACACACUACCUUCACCUGAAAGUCAUCAACUUCGGAGAAACAAUCCUCCCUGCCAUGGCCAUCCCGUCACUUAACCAUUUUCCAGAGAAAGACUGGUUCUUUGACUCCGUUACACCGCGUGGAUUUGCCUUCGACGGAUUCAUGCCAUGGGCUAGUAAGACUCCAUUUGGAAGAGACCAGACGAAGACCAAGCCUGCCGUCAGCCUUAUCCAGACCCCUGCCGAAAUGGCAGAGUUUCAGCGGCGAGACGUCUCUGUGGCAGAAGGGUACCACCUGGCCGACAUCCUCAGACGGGUUGUUCUCUUGACAGACACCAGGGUCUCCACCAUGGGUCCCGGAGUACUACUGAAGCUGUGCUGUCUGGUGAUACUUCUGACGGCGGAGUUACCGACCCAGGUCACCACGUCCUGUACACUUUCCCCAGACGAGGCAGCCUUAUCCCAAGAAGACAACGUCUGUACAGGCCAGACAACAUGUCCGUGCACAGAGUCGUACUCACAGCGAUACGAAACCAACUGCGGGAUAUUUGGAACUGGAUGGGCAGCCUGUACUGAGUACCGAACAUCGUAUAGAGAAACUACCUGCCCCAAAACAACCUAUUUCUGCUGCUCCGGCUACGAGCGUGUAGACAAUCGAUGUGUUCGAAUCUGUACCGACCCGCUGUGUAAUCAUCACCUGUGUGAAAAUAACCUGUGCCCGGGCUGUGUGCACGACUAUGGGACCUACAACGGGAAACCGGCCAGAGCCUAUGACGCUUCCGGCAUGAACUGCUAUCAGCGCUGUUCGUGGCGAAGCGACAGUAACCUGUGCUUCCCUGGUACGUGUGAGCGGAUUGGCUCCUGCUCCUGCACUUCUGGUUUCUCUGGCAGUUCCUGCAGAACAAUCGAUUCCACCCCAACGUUUAUACACUGGUUAGGAAAGCUGCAUGACAGGUCUAAUGGAACAGCUGAGUUGGCCAUGAACCAAACCAAUAAUGAAGUCUGGACCAACAAGAUCCCCACUAAGCUGGACUUUGAAUGGAAUCUGGCCUACACGAGACCAAACCCUGCAAACCACUCCUACAUCCGGGCUUUCAAAGUCGGCAUCAUGGAAAGCAAAGUGAGCUGGAGCCAGAAGAGAAACACUUAUCAGGUCGUUACUGGCGGUACCAUCAACUGUGACAUGGCUCUUAGCAACAGGAACCCUCCACUGUCCACCGCCAUACAAUGUACCAACGAUCAAGAAACCUCACUGAACAUCAUCCAUGGCGACGAGAUUGAGAUAGAGAUUUCUGCUAAGCUCGGUGGGUACUUAACCUAUCACGACUUCGACACCGGGCAGAACCACAACCGGACCUUUACAGACGGACCGUACCAAAGGACCGGCUCAGGGGCCAAGUGGAUGUAUGACUCCACUACCCCAACUCAUUCCGGGACGUUUGGUCAGAUGUUGGACGUCGGAGAUCCCUUCACAAAACAGAGUUCCAUCACAGCCCGUUGGAGUGGAUGGAGCGACACCGGGUCUGGUAUACAGAACUAUCACGUGCAGGUUUACAGGAUGGACCACACUCAAGGGGACACACUGAAGGAGGAGUUCACUCCGUGGAUCGAUGAGUCCCUGGAGUCCUCUGCCAGUUCCUACACGAUCAACAUGGCGGGUGAGGACCCGGGCGUGUUCUCGGUGGUCAUGACUAUUGAAGAUGCCUCUGGUAGCAACGAAGCUGGGAAUCUUGAGAGGACACGUCGGUUCUACUUGUACGACGCAGAUUCCACCAUCACGACGUCCUACCAUGUUGACCACCAAGGAGGUACAACAAAGACUCCCGGUGCGUGGACCAAUGUGGAUGAUCUUCACACAGGGUCACAAUCACUUACCAUCUCCAGAGUUGAUGGUGACACUGUGACGACCUACAUCAGAGCCACUGACAUCCUGGGCAACCAACAGACCGACAAUGUAACCAUCCACAUCGACAGCACUCCUCCAAUCAUCGAAGACUUCUGGCUGGAGAAGAACGGCGUGGAGGGCAUAACUGUCCACAAUUCCAGAGAUCUUUAUGAUUGUCUGGUAAAAUUCACGACAUACGACAUCCACAGCGGUCUGUACACCAUCUACUGGCGGUUAGUGAACAUGGCGGACGAAUCCAUUGUCCAUGGGGACGGCAACUUGGCCGUUCGCGUCUCAUCCGACGCUGAGCCUUGUACAGCGGACACCUGUAAGUGUACCCCCAUGGAACCCUGCUACAUGACCAAGUACGAGAUAGCGCCUGACGCCUCCAAGAUGGACAUCCCCAUAGGAGAACAUGACAGCGACUACUACUUCUUCGUCACCGUCACAAACCGUGCUCGACUGUCCACCACUGAGAGACUACAGAUUACAGUUGACAUCAGUCCUCCCGAACCGGGCCACGUCUCAGACAACUAUGCCGGUCAAGCUGAUAUAGACUUUCAGAGUGAUCCAAACAUGCACUUCAGCUGGGAAGGGUUCUUUGAUCACGAGAGCGGCGUGAGGAGUUAUCAAGUGUUCUUUGGCACUCGUUGCGGGCUCCCAGGUGACUUCGGCAUCCCUGUGCCUGAUUCGACAACAGAAAAGACGACCACUGAGCUACAACACAGCUUCACGGCCUCCUCCCCCGGCACGUACUACUGCACCGUGGUCGCCUUCAACCGCGCCCUGUCUGCCUCUGAACCGGUGUGUUCUGACGGAAUCCUGUACGACACGUCUCCACCCUCCAUAACCAACAUCGUCAUAGAGAACAUCCGGGCAAGGACGGGAGCAAUCAAAGAUGGCGGCGGGAACGUCUGGAUGGUGGAUGACCAACUCAGAAAGGUAGCCGUGGACGGUCCAUCGUCUGCGUGCAGGUCAGCGGCCAGACAGGUUGCCGACCCCGCUAUCUUCACCGAUCGCCCUACGGUAAACGUCAACUCAGAUUUAAAUGACGACCCAGAAACCGUCAGGAUGGCCUCGUCUGCGGGAUGUGAAUCAGAUGGAGCUCUUGGAUCUCCGUUUUUCAUGAUUGUUGACAAGCAUUUGCUUGUCUACUGGAACGGUUCUGACGGAGAGAGUGAGAUAAACGACUACCAGGUCGGCCUGAGUUCUACUGAAUCUGGUGCCUCCAGUCCAGACAUCAUGCCUCUCACCUCAACUCAAGGACACACCGUCUUCAAGACAAGGCAUUCUGGUCUGGGCGAGGGACAAGAAUUCUACCUCGGUGUAACGGCGACAAACAAAGCAGGCUUGUCUACCACAAAGACUAUUGGACCGAUCGUAGUUGACGCAAGGCCCCCCACGUUCUCAGGCCAGGUGACAGUGACGCUGGAAGAUGACUACCUCGUGGCACGAUGGCCGGCUAACGGGUUUUCCGAUGACGAGGAUACCGAUUUGCUCACCUACGAGUGCGCCGUCGGUCACGAGGCUAACAGAGAGGACAUCUUGGAGUACACAGCCUUGAGUAGCGUGGGUCCGUGUGGGGGCGUCACCGGCUGCACAGCCAUUCACAGGGACAGUCUACAGUGGGGUCUACACGGAACGCAUUCAUACUACGUGUCCGUCAAGGCCAAGGACUUUGUGGGACUGACCACUGUGGCCACGUCCUCUCCGUACGUCCAUUACGAGGGCGAGCCGACUGCUGGAGUGGUAGAGGACAUCAAUCCUGAUCCACAGGCUCCUGUUUUCGACUAUCUUCAGCCGGCCGAUGCAGACUUCCAGACGACCACCACCACGCUGUCGGCUCGCUGGUCCGGCGUCCUACACGAGCAUCAGGACAUCUCGUACCAGGUGGGGGCCGGGACGUCACCAGGUGCCACGGAUGUGGUCGGCUUUACUUCUGUUGGACAAAACACGGAGUGGAGCAGGGGUGGACUGAGCCUUACAUCCUUCCAGACCUAUUACAUCACUGUAAAGGCCAGUAACAGCAUCGGGGACACAGCUGUCACCUCAGAUGGAAUAACGGUUCUACAAGACGGAGACGCUCUUCAGGGGGCAGAGGUCAUGGACGGGCAGGAAUGUUCUGAUCAACACGAUGAAAUAUAUCAAAUACAGACUAUCCGCUCUGCGUGCUAUGACACAUCGCCGUCAAUCUACCAAACGUCAAAGACAGCAGUGGCUGCCCAUUGGUCUAUCCCAACUGCCAAUCAAGCUCACGUGACUCACGUCCAAUGGUCCAUCGUGCAGGAGGUAGAGGGGGAGGAGACUGUGGUACAGGACUAUGUGAACCUGGGCAUGGCGACCCACGGGAUGGCUGUUAAUCAAUAUCUGUACCUCUCUCCCGCUGUCACCUACAAGUCGAAAGUCUUGUUCUGUCAUCAAGCAGGCUGCUUUGCUCCAGUCUACAGUCCAGGAUUCCUGGUGUCUCCUGACCCACCACUUCCCGGAACACUUCACGUCAGCAGCCCGUACCCAGACUCGGGCACCAGGAGCGCUGACGUCAUCUUUGACAAGUUCAGUGACCUCUACUACCCUACUGAUGACGUCAUGAACUUCUAUGACUGGGCCAUCGCAGAUGACUCGGAGAAUGGAAAAUUACUGACUGACUGGGCUACAGUCGUGCCAACAUCAUCCAAUGAAACAACAAUUUCUUUCUCCGUUGACGGGUUGCCUCGCGAUCUGACCAAGUGUCUGAGUCUGGUUGUGAGAGGACACGCCCACACGGGGUUGUCGGCAUCUGUGUCCCGUGAGAUUGUCCAGUGCGAAGAAACCAGCACCAACAGAGGACUGAACUACUCAACCGUCAUAGAUACUCGCCCUAACAUCACACUGGAGUUGAACGCAGACUGGACUGAGUAUGACAUCGAUUACACCAAUGAGACGACGAUGUUGUCUGCCGUUUGGCCGACAUUACGUCACCGGAAGUACGAGUGGGCAGUCCUGGAGGACAAGUCGGUGUCCAGUCUAUCCGCCAUGGCCGGACACCACCUCAGUGUUCCCAACCCGUGUGACCACCAGGAUAUGAUAGAGUGUGGAAGAACAACCAGUGAAUACAUUAACGUAGAGGGUCUGAGCCUGGAACAGAACAAGCGGUAUAUUGUGUGCAUCCAUGCGGAGGAGACGUCCAUAACGUACGAGAGGUGGGUGGAGACGCUACCGGAGACGGCUGUCUGUAGCAGCGGGGUGACGGUAGACGUGACUCCGCCCAACGCCGAUGCUGCCGACGUCUGGAUUGGCUCCAAUGACAAAUCCAAUUACCAGGUGUCCAGUACAGAGCUUUUUGUACAGUGGGACGGAUUCAUUGAUGUUGAAGAACAUGGCGUCUCUAUGCACCACUCAGGAAUUCAACGUUACGAGUACGCCAUCGGUACGAUUGCUGGAGGAAGCGACGUCCAAGCCUGGACAGAUGUAGGAGUUACAGAUCAUGUUCUACUGCACGGGGUAAGACUGCAACACGGAUGGUCUUACUACGCCACUGUUACAGCUGUGGACUUUGUCGGACUGUCAACAACCAAAUGGUCCCAGAGAGUGACAGUUGACACCACGCCACCACGGAAGUCAGACACACACAUCAAUGCUGGAGGCAGUUUUCACUACAGCUCAUCAUCUGUGACAGCAAGUUGGGAAGGUGUGUUCUACGACACAGAGAGUGGAGUUUCCUUCUUUGAGUGGGCGGUGGGCUCCAGGGCUGGUCAUGCCGACAUCUACCCCUUCACUAGGGUGGAGGAGACGGAGGCUGAGACAGAUGAGAACAGUCCUCUUCAGCUUCAUGAAGGGCACGAAUAUUACGUCUCAAUCAAGGCUUAUAAUGGAGCCGGGAUGAUGACUAUGGCGACAUCCUGGGCCGUGGUUGUUGAGACGUCCCCACCUGAGGCUGGGAACGUGUACGACGGACCCACCAGCGGCACCGUGAACGACAUAGACUAUCAAGAUGACGUCACCACCAUCCAUGCACACUGGGACGGUUUUUACGACCCCCAUUCUGCCAUUGUGAGUUACACGUGGAGCGUCGGGGUGUGUGCUGGGUGUAGUGACAUUCUUGCUCCACAGAACGUUGGGCUUCUUCAAGCUGUAAGUGUGGACGCCCUUCAGCUGACCCCAGGAGAGACGUACUACGUGACGGUGACGGCGUGUAACGCUGCCGACCUCUGUACCACGGUGUCGUCUGACGGAGUUAUCCCCGACGACUCCCCGCCUGUGGCUGGGAGAGUCCUGGAUGGGGCCCAGGGAGAGGAAGCCUCAUACCAAGCAUCCACAAGCAGUUUGGCUGCCCACUGGUACGGGUUCAAUGACCCCCACUCCGGGCUGUCCCACUAUGAGUGGCGCGCUGGGACCACACCAGGUGGAAGUGACAUCGUGGGAGUGACACAGCUCCAUCUGACGAAUGUAGCUGUAAAGACAGGACUCUCCCUCCCUGUCAACACCAUGAUCUACAUUACUGUGAAGGCCUACAACCGUGUGGGAAUGUCUGUGGAGACGACGUCAAAUGGGUUCCGGGUAGACACAUCUGCACCAACAGUGACGACAGCCGUACACUUUGACCACACCCACGGUUCCCUUGUGAGUGGUGCACAAACAUGGCGGUCUGCUGUGAAGAUAAGAUGGCGGUUUGACGAUAGUGAGAGUCUGGUGGUGGAUCAGCACGUGUCACUGUCCAACCAUCACGGGGCGGAGGUCGCAAAUAUUAAGCUCAACGGCACAGUGUACGAGUACACGUUCACUGAGCUCGCACUGGAUGAUGGGAACAACUACGUUGCGAAGGUGAUCGGAUGUAACAACGCGAGACUCUGCUCACAAACACAGACUGGAUCUCUCUUGGUGGACUCCUCGAAGCCGUUGACCGGGCAUUUUGCGGUCAAUACUGACCACGCUGCCAGGCUGACCAGGCACAGGGACAGCUGUAUGACGUACGACAACAGUGGAACUCCGACCCUGAAGCUAGCCUGGCUCGGCUUUAGUGACUACCACUCUGGGAUAGACAGACUCAUGGUGGCUGUCGGGAGUGGCUUCUACGGAAGGGACAAGACUCUGAAUGGUGCACCCCAGGUUUUGGCUCAUGGCAGUCAAGUCGGUGACCAGGAGAAUGACGAAGGUUACGUCUACACAGGGAGUGUGCAACUGUCAAGUUCAGUGUCUGACUACAGCACGCUGUACAUCUCUCUAUGGGCCAUCAACGGGGCUGGGUUGGCGAGUACCGUGCUGCACUCAGCUUUCCAGGCGGUUCCUUCCUCUGGUUCCACCGGGAGUUUGACGCUAGUCCGCCGCUGUGACGCUCACUCCUGCUACGGACACUGCAUCUGUGCACCCUUCAACCAGAACUGUGCCCGGCCCACUGACAACACCUGCACACAACUGGACAGCUCCGAUUCAAGCUACUCCAGAAUCGAAGUUUACGACAAAACUGACUACAGUCUCCUGACCAAUGGGGACACGUCUGACGCCGCCUACACCUACUCCACAUGCGCACUAGCAGCCAACUGGAGGGAGGCUACAAUAGGGUCUACCGGGAGACCCUACAGAUACGAGUGGAGCGCUGGAAUCAGUGGACAAACUGUGGGCUCAGGGCUGUUUGAUCUUGUCUACGACCGUGUCUGGUACGACGUAGGUCUGGAGACCAGCGCUGUUCUCACCCUUCCUGUCGGUACUUCACUGGAGGUUGGUGUGAGCUAUGUGUUCUACGUGAGGGCCUGGUACACAGACAACAUCUACAGAGAGUUUCAGUCCAACAAUCUGAGAGCUGAUCAAACACCGCCGAAAAGGUCAAGUUCAAGAAAGAUCAAAGACCUGACGUCCACCUCAGAACAACAUGACGUGGAGUACAUGGCCGAGACAGACAGCCUGAGCGUCAGCUGGGAGUAUGUUUUCCUCGAUGCCAUCAAUAGUGGGAACGACUAUCAUUUGGAGCACUUUGAGUUGUCCCUGGGCACCUACCCUGGAGGUGAAGACGUGAAGAGAUUUGCCGACAACGUUGUCUCAGGGACCGCCACGUCCCACACCUUCACGGGCCUGUCUCUGCAGUCAGGCAAGACGUACUACACCUCGGUACGGGCGUACAACCAUGCCGGUCUCCACAGCACCUUCCACAGCGAUGGUGUCAUGGUGGAUACUGUCGCACCCACGGCAGGAGUGGUCUUUGAUGGGCAAGAUGUCAGGGACAUGGCGUACACUUCGGACGCAACUGUUGUGUCAGCGUCGUGGCACGGGUUCAACGACCUGGACUCAGGCAUAGACAAACAUUUCUGGUGCAUUGGAGAAACCAACAGCCAAUCAGAGUGCAACAUCAUGGGCUGGACAGACACCGGGCUCAUGCAAGAGGGGACCGUUACUCUAGGACACAGCCUGACCAAUGGACAACGUUACUACACAAAGGUGAAGGGUCAGGACGCUGCAGGGCACCAGUCACCAGUCGCAGUGUCUGAUGGGUUCCUUGUGGACACCUCCCCACCCAUACCAGAGGCCAACCUACAGAUAGGGGACAACCUGCUCAUCAAUCCCUCAUUUGAAGAUGCAGUUGAUGGUGGAGAAGGUUGGAUACUGGAAGGCGACUCUGUGGUACGGCAGAUCUCCUCCUUACCUACUGAUGACUUCCAGACGAAGCACGGACGUUCUCAUCUCCUUCUUCAUGGCAGCAUGUCUCAGACUUUCACCACUGUGGCAGAUCAAGAAUACAGGAUCUCCUUCUUUGUAAACCAUGACGCGACGACGGACGUUCCCCGCCUGACCCAGGAGGGUUUGCUGACAGCGCCAGGUCUUCAUCAGGUCUUCAAACUGCGGAACAGACAGGUGUCAACUGUCGACACCACCUCUACAGAGCAGUGGGACACUUGGCAAAAACAGAUCUACUACUUCACUGCUGUCGGCACUAGUUCAAGUGUUACCGUCCAAUCUGUGGGGACGAAGACAGGGAUUUCUCUGGAUAACUUUAAGGAGUUGAUUUCCAAGGGGCUCACCAUAUGA